CGUAGAUUAUAAAGGCUGGGCUGCGGCAGCGGACUGCCAGUCAAGAUGCGCCCGAAGGAGCAGGUGCAGAGCAGUGUGGGGGACGGGACAGGAUCGGGGGACCCAGCAACAGGCGCCCCCACGACCCAGCCCGCAGCCGGUCCCGCUCCGGAGUCCUCGGCGGAGCCCAAACCUGCUUUCGCGCAGGGAACCGGCUCCGGACCGAAAUCAGGUUCCCGAACCAAGACAGGAAGCUCUUGUAGGUCCGUGAUCGUCGGCAAUUCGGACGUGCCAUGGACCCGCUACGUAUUCCAAGGGCCUUACGGUCCCCGGGCCAGUGGCCUGGGUACUGGAAAGGCGGAGGGGAUCUGGAAGACACCAGCCGCUUACAUCGGCCGGAGGCCUGGCGUGUCCGGUCCCGAGCGCGCGGCGUUUAUUCGAGAGCUGCAAGAAGCGCUGUGUCCUAACCCACCUCCCACGAAGAAGAUCACUGAAGAUGAUGUCAAGGUGAUGCUGUAUUUGCUGGAAGAGAAAGAACGGGACCUGAGCACAGCUGCUCGGAUCGGCCAGUCCCUGGUGAAACAGAAUAGUGUUUUGAUGGAGGAGAAUAACAAGCUGGAAACCAUGUUGGGCUCAGCCAGAGAGGAGAUUUUACAUCUUCGGAAACAGGUGAACCUGCGGGAUGACCUCCUUCAGCUCUACUCGGACUCUGAUGAUGAGGACGAGGAGGAAGAGGGAGAAGAAGAGGAAGAGGGGGAAGAGGAGGAACACGGACUGCGGGAUGGAGAUCCGCAGCACGACCAUCCCUAUGGCGCCCCCAGGCGGCCCCCUAAGGCGGCGCCGCUGCACCACUGCCCACAGCUGGAAGCCCUGCAGCGGAAGCUGAGGCUGCUCGAGGAAGAGAACGAUCAGCUUCGAGAGGAGGCCUCCCACCUUGACAACCUGGAAGACGAGGAGCAGAUGCUCAUUCUGGAAUGUGUGGAGCAGUUUUCUGAAGCCAGCCAGCAGAUGGCAGAGCUGUCGGAGGUACUGGUGCUGAGGCUGGAAGGCUAUGAACGGCAGCAGAAGGAGAUCACUCAGCUGCAGGCUGAGAUUGCCAAGCUACAGCAGCGCUGUCGAUCUUACGGGGCCCAGACGGAGAAACUGCAGCAGCAGCUGGCCUCAGAGAAGGGAGUCCACUCAGAGCAGAGCCGACGAGGGGGUUCCUACAUGUGUGAGCACCAGGAGGAUGGGAAGAUCCAGCACCAGCGUUGUUCUUCCAUGCUUUCGGGUUCUGUCAGCCAUUGUGGAUACAGCGUGCCUCUGGACCCACUUCCGGGUUUCCCAGCGACUCUGGCUCAGGAGCUGCGAACAUCUCUGAGGAAGUUCAUCACUGACCCCUCGUAUUUCAUAGAGAGACGCAACGCUCGCUGCAGGGAGGAUCGAGAGCAGGAGCAGGGGGUGAUGCCGCCUCCCUCACCGCCACACGCUCUCAAGCCACCUGAAGAUUUCGAGGCUCCAGAGGAGCUGGUUCCUGAGGAGGAGCUGGGGGCCAUAGAAGAGGUGGGCACGGCUGAGGAAGAGCUCUCAGAAGAGGCAGAGCAGGCAUCUGAGGAGACUGAGGCCUGGGAGGAGGUGGAACCAGAGGUGGACGAGGCCACAAGGAUGAAUGUGGUGGUCUCUGCUCUGGAAGCCAGUGGCCUGGGCCCUUCACACCUGGACAUGAAGUACGUCCUCCAGCAAUUGUCCAACUGGCAGGAUGCCCAUUCUAAGUGGCAGCAGAAGCAGAAAGUGGGCCCAAAAGGUGAGUGCUCCUGCAAAGGAUACCCUCCGGCCAGUGGGAUGAGCUUCCGACCAUCAACCCUAUGAGAGGCCAAGUGCUCACUAACGUCAACUUGGCCCCACUCAGUGUGCUGAUUUGCAUGGACUCUUGCCUCAGUGCUCACUUAUGUGGAAUGUGCUUACAAGUCCAGCUGUCCGUCCACUUUCUCACUGGGGGCUGAACUGGGAAUCAGGGUUGGGACUAUUCACUCCUUUGUUACCUCAGCUUCCUAUCUCUGCCCACCCUCUUCCUGUCCUUCAUUCCUAAUGUCUCUACCCUCAAGACUCCCCAACCCCACAGAAAACAAACAUGGUGGGGGCAGGAUCUUGGCAAAGCAGCCCUGGACUGGUGCCAACCCAGGAUGCUCAGAGGCUGGAGGAGGACAGGGCCACUCACUUGCCCAGUGCCAGGGAGGAAGACGGGCCUUCUGGGGCCACCUACGCAUGGAACUAAGGCCUCUGUUGGCAAGGGCCACGGUCGGACCAGUUCCCGGGGUGAAUGUAAGGGCUCUCGCAGGGUGGCAGGGUGGGUCAGGUUCUUCUCUGCCCAUCUAGAAACCCCAGAUUUGGGGAGUUACAUGCUCUGAGGGGAGGUUUUUUAGGUCCUGCCUAUGAGGACCUGUCAGUGGAUUUUCCUUGUGUGAGCUCCUUUUGUCUUCAUGCCUUUGUAGGCAAAGGUAGGUAUGAUUGUGCACCAUUUAGUAAGAAUCUGAAGUUCAGGGGAUGGAGAAGUGGCUCAGUGGUUAAAGAACACCGGCUGUUCUUCCAGAGGUCCAGAGCUCAAUUCCCAGCACCCACAUGACAGCUCCCAACUGUCUAAAACUGUAUGGGACCCAAUUCCCUCUUCUGGUGUGCAUCUAUAUACAUGCAAACAAACCAUUCAUAUACAUUAAAUAGAUAAAUACAUAUUGAAAAAAAAAAGAAUCUGAAGUUCAGCUGGGCGUGGUGGCACAUCCUUGUAAUCCCAGCACUGGGGGAGGCAGAGCAGGUGGAUCUCUUGAGUUCGAGUCCAGCCUGCUUUACAAAGCAAGUACAGGACAGUCAGGGCUACACAGAGAAACCCUGUCUCAAAAAACCGAAAAAAAAAAAAAAUCUGAAGUAAGAGCAGAUUGGAGCUCAUGCCAAUGAGUAGUGAAACCCUGGCCUGGUCCUCCUGCUGUGCACAGUUCCUUCUGCUCCUGUCCUCCUGAGCCACCUGGAGUUUGUAACUUGUUGGCAGCCUCCUUUCUUGUCUGGCCCGCUGUCAUUCCGAUGGCUUCUCUCUCUCUCUCUCUCUCUCUCUCUCUCUCUCUCUCUCGGCACCAGUGGAUAGAGUAUCGCUGGCUGCAGCACAGUAAGACUGUAAGCUGAGUCAGCCGUUCCGUGGCCUGCGUCAGUGGUGGUUUUCUGUCUCCUCCUGACACGGCUGAGGUUGUGACUGGGUCUGAGGUGAUCAGGCUCCUGGUUCACAUCUACCCCCUUCUCUUCCAGGCUUUGCUGUUUCCUAGCAGCCUGCAGAGGCCUCACAGACAGCUUGAUAGCCCCCUCCUUCUGCUGCCUGGCCAAAUCCCACCCUUCCGUCUCUUCCCCUGAAACAGGAUCCCAUGUCUGUCAGCAGUCCUCCUGUCCUGAUAGACUGGGCUCAGGCUUCCGUCCUCUUCUAGGACAUCCUGAAAGAACCCCAGUCCCUCAUUCUGAAACUGCUGCCAAAACUAUGGCUGCUGAAGCCCCCAGGGGUUGGAAGCAACCUGUGGGCAGAUUGGCUGGCUGCCAGACCCACCCAGCUCUGAGAUGGGUGUGAGUGGGCAUGUCCCUAGGGUAGGCAGUUUGGGGGAGGGCCCUACUCUACCCCUUUGAGCCUCUCACUUGAAGGGACCUCCCCAGUCCUGGCUGGCUUUUGGAACCUGGCCCGUUUUGCUGUUUUUCACCCUUCCUCUGUUUCUAUUACUGUGCGUAAUGUGAAGUGUAUGUAAGUGGGGGUGGUGGAGGGGUCUCUCUGCCCAGUGGUGUUUCUGUCUCCCGUGGCCUGUGAGUUUCCUUCUAUCCUUCCCCACAUCUUUGCUUAUACAUAGCUGUGGCCUCGGCGCCUGGCCUGCUCCUGCAGCGCUUCAUCGUCCUGUGGCUUGUCGGCCUUUGUAUUGGUGUAUGUGCCAACGUGAGAAAUAAAGAACUUGUGAUCCACCUGG